AUGGUUACACUUGAUCAGCUUCCUACUGAAGUUUUACUCCGCAUUGGUCAAUUCGUUGACUCCAGACCAAACAAGCUUGUUAACUUAUUAGCAGUGUGUAAAAAAUUCUAUUGUACAUUCAGAACUAUGGUAUAUAGAGACAUUUGGGCAAUUGUUUCCUCGGAUGAAUUCUUUGAUACACAAUGCUCCACCGAGAAGAUACGAGAUUAUAUCACUUCCAGUGGGGGAGUUGCUGAAUACGACAACAACACUGUUGUAACAAGUGUCUGCAAGUUGAAGAAGUUGGUUUCAUUACUGUUAGACAACGAGGAGAUACGAUCCCUCGUGAAAUCAUUAAAAUUAAACGGGCUAAAAUUUGAUCCAGGUGAUAGAGAAACCGGCAAUAAAGUUUACGACUACAUGAGAUCACUACCGGAAGGUUCAUAUACAAAGCAAUCACAUAGAGUAUUUAUACACAAGGAAUACUUGGAAAGUAUGGAAUCUCAAAUCUUUGAGUCUUCCAUGAUGGAGUUCUUCCAAACGUCAACAAAGAGGGCAAACAUCGGUGACUAUGCUACGAUGAAGAAGAAUAUAUCAGACAUGAGAGAAUUGGAAGAGAUUGGAAGAUCAUCGAAGGAACAGAAGGGUGUUUUAAUGGACAUUGACCGCAAUGCUGUGACUGGUGUUCUUUUCUGUCCACACUCCUACGACGAGGUAUCUAGAAAAUACGGUUAUUUACAGUGUAUUCAGGGAGUGAGACAGCUGUUACAACUUGGACUUUGCUGUGAUGUUUCCUUGUUGACGCUUCAAAACAUGAUGAUGCAAAGCUCAUUGGGUACACCAAAUCCACAUGAUGAAUUGGUUUUCUUGUCUUUUAUGCAUUAUGAAUUCAACAAUUCAUUCCUGUGCGUUUGA